CAGAUAAGUGUUCCAGGUCAGUCAGCGUGCCAUUGCUUGUUACUUCGCUUGUGCUCCAAACCACAGACGAGGCUCGAACGACCUAUGAUGACUUAUGGAAUGCGAGUCUGCACUCGUCGCCGAGCAACGGCUCACCAAUAGUCCUUUAUGAACCGUCAUUAUGAGAUGCAGAACAUGGACCCGUCCAUUCAUGGUCGCGUUGGUAGUAGCGCUGGCGGUGGGCGCCAUGCACACGUUUCGGUCGCGCGGGAGGUCUGCCACGAUCGCCGACCUACCCUUCUUGGAGGACGUGCACAUCAAGCAGGAGUUGUUCAUAUUGGACUCGCCGCCGCCAGGCUACGAGCCAGCUCGCAUGGAUGCGGAGUGGGAGGACUUCUUCCAGACCAACCUGUACGAUGACCUGCGGAAGUACUACCACAAGACAGGGCUGCAGCCGGGGAGCAGUGCCAGCGGCAGUAGCGGCACCAGCACAAUCAGUAGGGGCAGCAGCAGCAGCAGCAGCAGUAGCAGUAGGAGUAGCAGCACUAGUGAUAGCAGGGCUCGCAGUAGCAGUAGGAGCUUAAGCAGCCAGGAUGGUGACAACACCAAAGAAACCAAGUUCUUAUCUCUGAGGGAGCUGGGAGAUGCGUUCAAGCAGCUGUUCCGGAGUGAGACGGGCCGCCACAGCGUGAUUGUGGUGCUGUGGCGCGGCAAGGCCUAUGUGGGGCGGCAGGGAGGCAACCUGGAGAGGUACAUCAUCAACCGGGUGAACACCACGCUUCACACGCUGACGCUCGAGUCGCGGCGCCUCAACCUAAGCCUGCCGGAUGCAGUGUUUGGAUUCAAUGCGGCGGACGAGCCCGCGUGCAGACUCAACCGGAUGCGAGGCUGCCCGGUGCCCAUCUUCUCCAUGUUCAAGCGCUACAACCACACCGAGCGCAAGGUCCUGGACAGCGACGUGCUGCUGCCGCACAUGUUCCACCGCUACGACCGCCUGAUGUUCUUCCCCUGGGCCGCCAAGGACCGCCGCGCGGUGAUGCGGUCGACCAUGCAGAAGUCUAUGUCGGCCGACUGCGUGCGUAUGCAGCUGGCGGCGCUGUCCGCCUCCCCCGCCGGGGCGCCCUGGCUGGAUGUGGGGUUCUCCAUCAACGCCCAUCCCAACCUGUCCGUGCCGACCACCUACAUGCGGCCGUGGCUGCAGCUGGAGGACCACGCCCGGUCUAAGUUCCUGGUGAAUGCCGACGGCCACACCGCGUCAUGCCGCCUGGGGUAUCUGAUGCAGAUGAACAGUGUGGUGCUGAAGCAGGAAAGCCCUUGGAUCGAGUACUACUACCGCAGCCUGCAGCCCGGCACCCACGUCCUCACCUACAACACCAGCAACCUGCUGAGCCUGCUGCAGGCAUACAACGACCCGGCACGUGACGGCGAGCUGCGGCUGCUGGUCAACGCCUCACAACACUUCGUGGCGCGCUUCCUCACCACCGAGGGCAAGGUGCGCUAUGCGGUGCGGGCGCUGCACGAGUAUGCGGCGCUGUUUGGUCCGGGCCGCAUGUCGGGCUUCGUGGCCUCCCAGCUGGCCGACACCGGGCUGCUGGAUGAGUCCAUGCUGUGGGCCGCACUGCCGCCGCCGCCCGCGCCGCCGCCCAGCCCCGCGCCGCCGCCGCCGCGGGCGCCGGGGGCGCAGCCGCUGGAGGCGAGCGAGCGGCCGCGACGGGUGCGGCGGAGGCGGCCGCCUGGGCUGCCUGGCGGACAAGGGCAGUUGGGCCGGUUGAGUCCGGCGUCUGUGAUCCAGGCGCUGCUGGAUGCCGAGGAACAAUAGGUAGCGCCAACAAACGAGUGUGUACAGAGCGUGAGAUGUUGGGCAGGAGCUUGGGCGGGAGCUUGGGCGGGAGCUAGGUUGACUGCGGGGACAAGAUGGAAGCUCGUAUGGUUGCAUCGCAAGGGACUGGCACAAGCAACAAGUUGACAGGUACGCACAGUAUCCUGACAUUAAUUAUCUUGCUCGAAACGUGGCAAGAAGUAUGGGUAGCUGAUGCGAGGCGAGGAGGAACCGGGGAAAAGCAGGGUGGGAGGCAUAGGAGUCCUUAUGCAUGUGAUGGCUCGGCGUCUUUGGGUGCCGGGACUGUCCCCUCUGUAACAUCCGCAUCCU